AUGGAUGACAAUACUGAUACAUGGCCUUUUAUACAAUCAUCAACAACAAUAACAAAUUCAUCAAUAAGAUCUUCUUCAAUACCAUCAGCAUCAGCAUCAUCAUCAUCAGUACCACCACCAACGGUACGUGAACGAAAUCGAAUGCAUGCAUUAAAUGAAGCAUUUGAUGAAUUACGUCGUGUUGUACCAAAAGCUAAUUUACAUGAUCAUCAACGUUUAUCAAAAAUAGCUACACUUCGUCUUGCUAUUCAUUAUAUAAGUUGUCUUACACAAAUUCUUGAUGGAAAUGGAACAAAAAAACAUUUUCCACAUCAACUUCUAUCACCAACAAGAUCAUCAUCAUCACCACCACCACCAUUGUCAUAUAUGCAACAAGAUUCAUUCAUUAUGUCAAGACGACGAGGACAACGUUUACGUCGACGAACACGACAAACGACACAUGAUGAACAAAUAUUUGAUGAAGUUGAAUAA